AUUCUGCUCUUCUCCUUCCCGCUGCAGCCACCUGAAAGAAAAAAAAGAGGGAACCCGGCACCAGCCUUUGAGAAACCGAUAGAGAGCUUGAUUUUUAUCCUUCUUUUCUUGUCCAAAAACCAGAUUUGAACCCAGAAAUCUCCCCCCCUGCAGGAAGCUUCCGGAUCUGCUCUGUUCUUCCUUCCCUGUACGCCGGUUGCUCUUGCUUGUGGGUGUGAUUUUCGGUCUUUUUGAAUUUUCCUGCACUGCCGCCGGCUUCUCCCCCGUGCUAGGCCCGGUUCUGUAGCUGCUAAAUUCUGGUAUGGACAGCCUUUUAAGGCUUAAAUUGUCCAUUUAUUUGCUGCUUUGUGUUGUCCGAAUUUGACAGAAAAAUUGGGGAUAAUUCCGGUAGCUUUAGGACCAUGAUUUAGCUUAAUUGAAGUGGGAUUUAUGUGAUUGAGUGUUAAUUGAUUGUUGUGAUUUUUAGAGAGGAAAUCCCGUGAAUUAGUCAGUGUUUUGGCCAAUUUUUGGAAGUGCAGUACUGUUCACGUCGGGGUUACUGUUCACGUCACUGUUCACCGGGUACUGUUCCCACCCCGAGGGCCAACAUUUAACGGGAAUUUAAAUGAUUAGUUUGUGAUAUGAGAACGAAUUUGGAGGUAUUUGAUCAUGUGGAGAUUGAUAGGAAUAGCAUCGGGAUUAAGAGUGAUCUUAAUGAUGAUUUCAGUUUGAAUUUGUGGUGAUACGGUAAUUAAUUCGUGGAUAUUUUGAUUAGGUUCUUGAUUGUUCUGUCAGUUAGCAUUGAGAUUGAGUGCUCGGUUUUAUGCGAGUGAGGUAAGUAAAUUAUAGUAACGCCCUUCGACUUUUAAAGCAUGUUUUGAUUUGUUUUUGAAGUGGUGGCGGGACUAAACCUGUUUUACACGAGUAUGACUGAUUUGAAGUGAAAUGUUUAUGUUUUUCAUUAAAUUGAGCAUGCCUACUUGAAAGUUUAAGUGAUUGUCCUGAUGAUCUGAAAGUGAUUGUGAAUUGUGAUUUUCCUAUUAACUUCUGUCUGUUUUGUCUCCAAUAUGGUCAUGUUAUUCGUGUGCCCGCUAGUGGGAGGUUUAUAAACGCUAGCACAUGUCGACAUGUUCGUGAUAGAACCGGUUCGCUCGUGGCCCUACUAGUGGGGAUUAUACACUAGUAAUCGUGUGCCUGCCAGUGGGAGGUUUAUAAACGCUGGCCGUGACCUAUAGAGGAGACGUUUAUUUCAUGAAGUGAAACCGAGGACGGGAAAACUACGGGAAGUGACGAGUUAGAAGGCUAGCCAUAUUGUAAUUGGAUAUAAAUUUUAGAUAUGAAUCAUGAUCUUGUAUUUGUAGAUUUUAUGAUAUCAGAGAGAAUUUUAUAAUUUGAUCUUCAAAUUUUUGGUGGUAUCAGAGUGUGAUAUGAUAAGUUUCGAGCCUUGUGCACUUGUGGG